AGGUUCAUUUCAAUGGCAACCAUGUCAAGUUUUGUUCCUUUGACCGUCCUCAGUAUAGUUGUAUUAGUAGUUGGAGGCAUUGUGUCUGGGGCAGAAGCUAGGCCAAGGGCAUUCUUUGUGUUUGGAGAUUCACUUGUUGAUAGUGGAAAUAACAAUUACUUGGCUACCACCGCACGUGCUGAUGCCCCUCCUUAUGGAAUUGAUUACCCUCCAUCUCAUAGACCAACUGGUCGUUUCUCCAAUGGCUACAACAUUCCUGAUCUUAUCAGUCAACGACUUGGUGCUGAGUCUACAUUGCCAUAUUUGAACCCAGAAUUAACAGGACAGAAGCUCUUAGUUGGUGCCAAUUUUGCUUCAGCUGGAAUUGGAAUCCUUAAUGACACUGGAAUUCAGUUUGUAAAUGUAAUCAGAAUGUAUAGACAGCUAGAGUAUUUUAAAGAGUAUCAGAACAGAGUGAGUGCUCUAAUUGGAGCUUCACAAACUAAGAGUCUAGUGAAUCAAGCACUAGUCUUAAUCACUGUAGGUGGCAAUGAUUUUGUAAACAACUACUACUUGGUGCCAAAUUCUGUAAGGUCUCGCCAGUAUCCACUGCCAGCAUAUGUCAGAUAUCUCAUCUCUGAGUACAAGAAGCUUUUGCAGAGGUUAUAUGAUCUUGGAGCUCGUAGAGUUCUUGUGACUGGCACUGGGCCUUUGGGUUGUGUUCCUUCAGAAUUGGCCCAACGUGGAAGAAAUGGACAAUGUGCUGCUGACUUGCAACGUGCUGCAGCAUUGUUUAACCCUCAACUUGAACAAAUGUUAUUACAACUCAAUAGGAAAAUUGGAAGGGACGUUUUUAUUGCUGCAAACACAGGACAAAUGCACAACAACUUUGUCAGUAACCCAUCAGCAUUUGGGUUUGUUUCGGCAAAAAUAGCUUGUUGUGGGCAAGGACCCUACAAUGGUCUUGGGCUAUGCACAGCACUCUCCAACCUGUGCCCCAAUAGAGAUUUAUAUGCAUUUUGGGAUGCAUUCCAUCCAUCUGAAAAGGCCAAUAGGCUUAUUGUCGAGGAGAUCAUGUCUGGUUCUAAAACUUACAUGAACCCAAUAAACCUCAGCACCAUCUUAGCUUUGGAUGCUAUUAACACAUGAAGAUAUACACGAACCCAAUAAAUCUAUGCACUUUGUAAUGGCCUCACAUGCCAGUUUCAUGAUGUUCAUUGCUGCUUUCUUUUAUUGUAAUUGUGAUUUAGUUUCAUAUUCCUCAAUAUCUAAUUGGUGAAUUAGAAUAUUAGCGGAAGACAAACUUCCUUUUA